GACAGCAAUCAUGCUCGGCCCCGAUGCUCUGAUGUCUUGCUAUAUAAAUCCAAAGACCAGUCCUCAAGAUGUUCUCGCAACAAGCAACAAGCAACAGGCUAUCCGUUUCCGCAAUACAACAAACACUUCACUUCUUCUGCAUUUGACUUCCCACUUGACUCAGACUUCACAAUGACCGUGCCAGACAAUUGUCCUCCGAGAUACCCAUCAACCGGCAUCUCAGUCCUGAUAGUCGGGGCUGGGGUUGCAGGGCUCAUGGCAGCCUUGGAGGGCUGGCGCAAUGGACACGACGUCCGAAUAAUCGAAAGGGCCCCAGAGCAGGUCACCACAGGCGACUCAUUCACAAUUGGACCCACUGCACUUCGCGCAUUAUGCCACUGGCCCCAGAUGGCAGAGGAGAAUGACAGGAUCUCUCACAGUCCUGCUAUCUCAUUCCACACCAUGACGGGGGCGCCUAUCACAGCCCCGACGCUUGUCAAAUACACCCAGGGAUCUGAUCCAAAAGGCAUGUCAAAUCAUAUCAUACGUCAUUGGCGGCCUCGAUUCCAUGAUAUGCUCCGGAAGCAGCUCCUGGCUAUCGGAAUCCCCGUGGAGUAUGGACACAGGGCAGUGGAGUAUUUCGAGGACGGUCCCGCGGGACGCGCCGGAGUGGUUCUUGAGGACGGCGCCAGGUUAGAGGCAGAUGUUGUCGUGGCUGCGGACGGUAUCGGAAGCCAUUCAACCGCAGUGACAUUGGGGCGGGAGCUGCGGGCACGGCCGGCAGGUGAAUCCAUGUAUCGUACUUCUUUCCCCGUUGAGCUUGCCAUGGCCGAUCCGAUGGUUCGAAAACGGUUCCCGCCGGUGGAAGGUGAUGGAAACAUCGAGCUGUGGGCUGGCCCAACAAUUCGUUUUUUCAUUGAAAGAACGGCGGAUACCAUGUGUUGGAUCAUGAGCCACAAGAACGAUGACAGUGCUGUCGAGUCCUGGUCGAACAAAACCGACCCAGAAGAGGUCCUCAAGCUCACCGCAACAAUCCCCGACUGGCCAGAGGUGGCAGACCGAUUAAUCCGGCUCACCCCCAAGGACCGACUGCUGCACUUUCGAUUGAUGUGGCGCGAUCCUCAGCCGUCCUGGGUCUCGCCCGCGGGACGCAUCGUGCAAAUAGGGGAUGCCGCUCACACCUAUGUUCCUGCAUCUGGCAAUGGCGCAACACAGGGUCUCGAGGACGCUAUAUCUUUAGCCACAUGCUUGCGGAUUGCAGGACAGACGGACCAGGCGCCCUGGGCGUUGAGGAUCCACAAUAAGUUGCGAUUUGUGCGAGUCUCCUGUCUCCAGAAAUUGGGACUUAUCAACCAACACAACCACAGCCGCGUCGUCAAGCAGGAGCAAGGCCAGCCCACGACUCUCAAGUAUCUAACGGCAGAGUGGGUCUGGAAACACAACCCCGAGCCAUAUGCAGAGGAGAAUUACAACAAGGUACUGGACCAUCUGCAGCGGGGUACGCCGUUCCAGGAUACCAACACCCCCCGUGGCCAUGUCUACCGCGACUGGACCAUCGAUGAGAUUAUGGCGGUCCAGGAGCGGGGCGAGGAGGUCGAGCUGGAUGGGGAGUGGGAGUAAUCGGAGAGGUACUCUGUACUUGUGACUACUAUUGUUCUUUGUAUACUAGACAGACUGAUGCACGGGUAAUAACUUGAAAUAUG